CUGUCUUGAUAUUUGUUCGUGGCAUUUGGAGAAAAUCUUGGUCGAUUUCAGGUAGAUGCUUUUUGGCUAAUUGACCGAAAAUAAAUUAGGGUUUGGUGUGAAUCUGUUUGAAGAUCUUGGAUAAUUGGGAAAGAUUGAAUUUUGGGGGCCAUGGCAGUGGGAUGGAGUGUGACACUUUGGAUGGCAAGAAUGGUGUGGUUUGCAUUGUGUGGUUGGGUGGUUUCUUGCUUGACUGUUGCCGAUGAAUUGGCCGGCUCUUUGCGCUCCGGAGAUAUCGGCCCGUUCCAUGUCGGUUAAUUUGCAGACUAUUGUACAGAAACAAAGGAGUUUAUCAUCUGCAAGGAUCCGGUUUCCCUGAAUAGAGUUUUGUCUUCGUUUAUGUUGAUUGUUAAGCAGAGAGUCGCGGUUGUGUUUUCCAAUUCAAGUCUCAGUCUCAGAGGGAUUUGUUGGAGAAGAUGGAAGUCUAAUGUUUGAAGCCAACAUCUUGCCAUAUUGUGACCAGAAGAGAACCUCUGCUCCAUUUUCCAUUCCACUCACCACGUGUAUUUUUAAUCAGUUUCUUAAUUUUUGUUAUUUAUUUUUGAUAAUUAAGAAAUUUCAGAACGGAGGUUUUGUCCAAAGUUGUAGCUGAGAAUUCUCUAGUUUAUUUAGUUUGAAAUUUAUGCUGUGGGUUUUAAUCCUAU